AUGAAACGCUCAAAAUCCCGAGGUAAACCGAUUUCCCAAUAUACGUCGGAAGAAAUAUGGAAAGUUUUAGAAGAAAGUGAUGGUGAAGAUCAUCUUAUGGAGGAAUUAGAGGAUUCAAACAUGUGCGAUGAGAUGUCUCCACCUUGUGGCACAGAGACUAUUGAUAGUAUAAGAGACUUCAUCAAUCAUGAUUAUUGUGAAGUGCCUGCAUUGCUUGCAGGAGAUUCUGUUGUUUUUGAACAACCCAGUAUGUCAUCGCCAGUACCAGCUUUGCCGCCAUUGUUUGAAAUUGAUGAGCCUGUGUUGCCAGUUCCAAAUAUUAUGUCCGAGGUUCGACAGCCUACAGUAUUGCCAGUGCCAAGAGUCACGUCAGAGGUUCGACAGCUUCCAGUGUUGUCAGUGCCCAGAGUUAUAUCUGGCCUUCGAGAAUCUGCAUUGCUGCCAUUGCCUAGGAAUGAGGAAACUACCAUACUGCCAUCUAGAGUUGAAUUAAGCUUGCAAACGGCGUGGAAUUCUAACGUAAGGCCUUUAGAAAAGGAAGUUUUUACUGGCUAUGACCAAUUAAAGAAGCAAAUAAUUUUUUUUUCGGCUGAUUCUGAUUUAUGGACCAUAUUUUGUUCAAUUAUAGAUGAUGAAAUAAUUGAUUUCAUGGUUUAUCACACAAACAUUUAUGCAGCACAGUUACUGCAACUACGCACGCUAAAGCAGAAUUCUCGUCAAAAAAGAUGGAAGGAUGUUACUGCCAAAGAAAUGCGAAAAUUUAUUGGUGUAUAUUUACUGACAGGAGUGAUCGAUUUUCCCACUACAGAGUGUUAUUGGAAAAAGACCAGAUUGUAUUACCAUCCACUUCUUCACGAGAUUUCAAUGACAUAUGACAGAUUCUGCCUUAUUCUAAGAUGUUGGCAUUUUGUUGACAAUAGAAGUCAACAUUGUGGACGACUUUACAAAAUACAACCACUUAUAGAUAAAGUCAUUCAUACCUCUCGGAAAAUAUUCACUCCAGGAGACACUAUUGCAGUAGACGAGUCGAUGGUUGGCUUUAGAGGGAAAUUGAAUAUUCGUACAUACAACCCCCAGAAAAGUGACAAAUAUGGCAUGAAAAUAUAUAUAUUAUGUACUGAUACGGGUUACACCUGGAGUUACAAAGUUUACUCAGGGGAAGAUCAAAUAAUUGAAGGUCUGGACAAACCGGGUUCAGUGGUUAUUACUUUAGCUGAAGACUUGUUGAACGAAGGCAGGUUAUUAGUAACGGACAAUUACUAUACCAGUGUGUCUCUAGCCAGAUACCUAAAACAACAGAAAACAGAUUUUUGUGGUACUGUCCGGAAAAACAGACGAAAUCUUCCCGCAGAAGUAAUAAAUGCACAGCUAAAAAAAGGUGAAAUAGCUGCCAGUCAAAAUGAAUGCAUGACUGUAUUGAAAUGGAAAGACCAGCGAGAUGUUUUGGUUUUAUCAACAUGUCAUGAUCAUCAAAUGGCAAUGUCCACUGGUUUCAGGCCAAUCAUGAAACCUAAAAUUGUAUUAGAUUACAAUCGCGGCAAGAAGGGCAUUGAUAUAGCUGAUCAGCUCGCAAGUUACAAUUCGCCCGUUCGGAAAACUUGUUUUUGGUAUAAAAAAAUUGCGGGUGAUCUGAUGUCGGUAGCUGUUGUAAAUGCAAUUUUGAUCUACAAGGACCUCCAUCGAAAUAAUAAAAUGACACUGCUGACAGGUCAUGAAAUAAUUAUCAGUCAUCUCCUGGAAAUUCAAGAUGCUGAGCUGUUAGCUGGGCCAUCAAUGACAUCUAACUUGUCCCGCCAUGAAUUGACCAAAAUCCCACGCCGAUGUGCUACCAAAAUUUCCAGAAAGCGUUGUGUUGGUUGCUACAAAAUUAUGACUGAACAAGGCAACACACCUACAGAAGCUCGUAGAAAGGCAAAGCAAACGGACACCGAAUGUUUGAUGUGUAAAAAAGCAUUGUGCCUUCAUUGCUACAAUGCUAGCCAUUAA